AUGAGCAGAUUUUACUUCGGUUCCGACUCGGACAGCGAUAAUGAUAAUGCCGACUCGCUGCCGUUCCCUGCGCCUCUUCCCCGAGAGGCUUUCUCCACCGAUAUCGACGCGCCGUUCUCGCCCACAGCAUUUUUAGCCACGCUGCGACACCGUCAUCAGACGCUUGAAGAUUUGCGCGCAGAGCUCCGCACAAGAAGUAAAGAUCUUGAAAAGGAACUUGUAGAGCUUGUUAACAGGGAUUAUGUCGAUUUUGUUGGAUUAGGGAGCUCAUUGAGCGGGGGUGAUGGAAGGGUAGAGGAUUUGAAGAUGGGAUUGUGGGGGUUCAAAAGGGAUAUCGAAGGCGUUGUGGGGAGGAUUAGGGAAGUAGUAGAAGAGGUUGAAAGAGAACUGAAGGCCAGGGAGGAUAUAAGGGCGGACAAGAUGCUCGCAAGGACAUUACUAGCCCUCUCGCAAAGACUUGACGAGCUCUCAUCCCUAUUACUUCUCGAUGGGUCAACCCCGGCAGAUUCAGCAUCACUAUUAUUUGAUGGUGACGGCGACGAAGAAGGAACAGGAGGAGAUGGGUUAACGAGUAUCGGCCGUCUGAGGAAGAUAGUUUCGGGAUAUCGUUAUGUCGUCCAGCACCUGGUACCUCGUGUACCAGCACAUCAUCCGUUCUUGAAAGCCCAGUUGCCUAGGAUCGCGAAAGUCAAGAAUACCUUGCUAUUGGAUCUUCGAAGUGCAUUGAAGGAAUCAAAGCUAGGAGAUGUGGAAAAAACUAUCGUGGUAAUGGGGUUCUAUGCCGAUCUUGGAGCAGAAAGUGAUGCAGUUAAGGUGUUAAGAGAGAUGAAAAAGGAGGGUUGA